GGGGAAUCAGCGGGCACAAUGAUCUCAUGUUUUGCCAACAACAUGUCGAAGAUGUGCCAAGCGUGCAGUCCUUGCAGUGCCAGCUGCCGACCAGCGAUCGCAAGAGUCUGACAUGCAGGGCCAUGGGAGGCCGCACCUAGCGAGGAUGGAUCCGGUGUGCAAGGCCUUCAUGGCCGAGGCCCUGGGCGCCGCUCGAAAACGCCACCGGGCCAGGGCUCGGAACAGCCGCGGAGCGGGGGCCCGGCAGCUGCCGCGGAUUGGCUCCGCCAAGUCUGGGAGCCAUUUGGAGGCUAUGGUGAUUGCAAGCUUGCCAGAUGACGAGGAUUCAGGCCUGAGCUGCUUGCAGACAAUCCAGUAUGAAGGUCUUCUGCCCCGCAUGCAGCCGGGCUGCCGCCGGUUUCCGCCCCUCAGCCUGCCCUCCACCUGGAUGCUGCUGAGCCUUGAGGCCGACCAGAUGAUCAAGUCGACUUCAUCCUUUAGUUCUGUGACCAGCAAAUCCGCCAGGCCCGCCAAAGAAGCGAGGCCCCCAUCAAAGCCAAGGGCGAAGAUGCUGCCCAAGCGCACGUCGAAGCUGCAGAGUGGCAGCUUGGAGGUACCGCGGCCCGGCAGCGCCGAGAGUGAUAGCCCCAUCCACAACGCGGAGAGUGUUUCCUCAAGACAGGCGGUGGAUCGGCAAGCAAGCAAGGCUGCGUCGCACUCCAAGGGCCCCAGCUUCGUCUUGGACGAAGGUGACGAGCCACGGUCGGUCAGUCCCACCAGCGACACUGACAGGACCGCUGAGUCGCCUCGACAGGACGACAGGUCUUCCCGCCCGAGGUUCACCAGCGAGGUGCGUGCCGUGAGCCAUUCGAGUACCUAUGAAUCCGUAGCAACAGGCCCCUUGCUCGAGAAGAGUAGGAGCUCGCGGCGGUGCCAGACUCGCUCCUUCGACGUGGACAACGAGUAUGAGACGGCCGAGGCGGCGCAGCAGGUUUUCGACCGUGUCAGGGAGCACAACGAGGUGCACCGCUCGGAGCUGGCGAGGGCUUUGGAGCUGCUGGGCUUCGUGUGCCCGCGCCAAGUCUGGGUCGAUGAAAUCUUCUCCCAGAUCAGCCCCCAGUACAACACUAUCGAGAUCGACGACUUCAUCACCUUUGUGAGACGCUACGCGGUACAUCGGGACGAGGCCUACGAGGACACCUUCCGCAAAUGCGACCAGGACCAGUCCGGCCAGAUCGAUUCCUCGGAGCUGGCGCAGAUGCUGGAGGACCUGGAGGUGCAGCCCAUGCCCCACGUUUUGGAGGAGGUCAUCGAAGAAGUGGACAAGGACUGUGGUGGCACCUUGGACUUGGAUGAGUUCAAAGAGUUGCUGGACCUGCUGCUGCUGCGGGAGGGUUUCACCCGCCACGAGUUCGAGGGCUUCACCGAGAUCUUCGAGCGCUACGACCGCACCUGCAGGGGCUGGGUGGAGAGCAAGGAGGUGCCGGCGAUGCUGAACUGGCUGGGCUUCAUGUGGCCCCCGGAGCGCGCCGUCGCCACGGCUGCGCAGGUGGACCAAUCCGGUCGUUUGGAUGCACACGGCUUCAUCCUUUGCAUGCGGAAGGUGAGAGAAACUGAGCUGGAGAUGGUUCAGCGCAUGAAGAAGAAGCACGACACAGACUGGUCCGGGGGCAUCAACAUGAGAGAGCUUGUGCCGCUGCUGCGGGAGAUCGGAUAUGAAGUAUGGGACAUCUCCGCCAUCUUUGAGGCGGCCGAGGAGGCAGGGGUGGGGGUUUCGGAGAUGGACCUAAGUGCCCUUUGGCGGCUGCUGCUCACUUAUCGCAAGCGUGAGGGCUUCUGCAACGUGGAUCUCGAUCAAAUCGACAAGGCCUUCUUGCGUCAAGACAAGGACGGGCUGCAAGAGCUGCCCGCCCUGGAGGCGAUGCGAGCCCUGCGGGGGCUGGGCUUCACCAGUAACUUCCUGGUCAUGCAGAGCGUGCUGAACAAGGUGGACGUAGACGACACUGGGCGGAUGGAUUUGCCGCAGUUCCGCAAGAUGGUGCGCUGCUGGGAGCGGCAAGUGGCUGCAUACAAGAAGGCCUUCGUGGCCGCCUUGCCCGAGGGAUCCAAGGGCUUGCAGGAGCACGAGGCCGUGGAGGCAGUGAGGGGCUUGGGCUUCCGCGCGAGGCUGCAGUAUGUGGCCUUUGCCGCCCAAGUCUGCGCGAAGACCCAGCGUGCUGAAUCGCCCUUCCUGGAUCAGGCGGCCUUCGUCCGUGUUUGCUGCCAACACGCACGAGAUCUGCGGGAGGUCUACAAGUCCAAUGGCGGCUGGACUGAGGGCGAGGUUUUGCAGCUGAAGACGGUCUUCGACCGCUACGAUGUGAAGCACACGGGGGUAUUGGCGAGCAAGGAGCUGGUGCGCAUGGUGGAGGACUUAUUCCCCGUGCUCGCACGCGACAGGAACAUGCGACCACAGCUUCAGAGCAUCAUGAAGGAGGUGCUCUCGGAGUCCGCGGGGGGCGCUGCCUCGCUGGGCUUCAAGGAGUUCCUGAAGCUGAUGCAGCUCUUCCGGGAGUUCCAGGAUAACGAGAAUGCAAAGAAGGAGGCGGACGCGAUUCAGGCCUCUGGCUUCAACGCGUCGGAGGUGGCGCAGUUCCGCGACUUCUUCCUGGCGGCCCACGAGUCUCAGGGCAGCGCGCCCGAGCUCUCCUAUGAGCAGUUCCGGAAGAUGAUCGACGACAUCACGCCUUUGGGCGACAGUCUCUCAGCGCAGCUCAGGCACAUCUUCGAUCAGUUCACGCGAAGCUUGGCGGACGGGCGCAGCACUGCGAGCGCCCAGAGGGAGGACGAUGCCGACUUCCCGGAGUUCCUGCUGAUGAUGAAGCACUUGCUGGACACCAACUUCGCCAAGAUCCAGGACACAACUCGUAGUUUCAGGUGAUAUCCCUGCGGCUCCUCGAAGGGAGGAGCCAGACUGAAUUCGGGAUUGCGUCAAGUUCUUCCGUUUGCCAUUUGACGGCUGCCGUCGAGCGCCCUGCUUGUUUUUGUGGCGCAUUUGCAAAGGGCAAACGGGAGUCGGAAGGUUUCCCAGAAGUGGGAUCAAUUCAUCGUGCCUCCGCAAAGCGGAGGGCACUGCAAGUUUGUCUUGGCGCUCGCCAAACGGUUCCAAGGCCUAGCGCUAGUCGGCGCCCCUUUCGCCCACGGAACAGCGAUGA